AUAAGUAACAAAAAAAAAUACGUGAGUUGUUACUGUACAUCCUUUGUUACGGGUUUGUUAGGUAAGGUCAGUUACAUUAUAAAUAAUUUAAAACUAAAGAAUAAUUAAAAUUAAUUCACAUUAUUUUUAAUAUCACCUUAGUUUUAAAGUAUUUAUAAUGUAACUGACCUGACCUAAUCGACCAUUUUAGUUUACUGUUCAACCUCUGUCCGGGUUUGUUUGGUCAGGUCAGUUACAUUAUAAAUAUUUUAAAACUAAACAGCCAUUAAAAUUAAUUCACAAAAUAAUUUUUAAUGUCGGCUUAGUUUGAAAGUAUUAAUAAUGUAACUGACCUGACCUAAUCAACCAUUUUAUUAAUUCCGCAUUCACGAUUCACGUAUUUACGAACACGGCAAAAUAACAAAAAUGGCGCCGCUCGAAUGGUUCCACAGGUCUUGUAUUGCAAAAUUAAAAAAUUCUAUAUCUCCUAAAGUAUUUGGAAUUUCUUAUCUCCGCCGCUUUUAAUGAAAAGAGGAAGUUGAAGAGCAUAUGAUAAAGGAAAUCAAAUGGAUUUCAUAGAAUGGACUCGGCUAAGAAAAGGACCCCUGACUACACGGACAUUGCGUACAGAGAUGCCGUGGCACGCCUCAGGUACUUGCUGGCGGAGUCUUACGCCCCAAGCAGCUCAAAGUAUGCACAGGCCCACGCCAAGCGGGACGAGAGCGACAACGAGACGGAAGCGUCGUUUGCCGCAAGCGACCGGUCGCGGCACGGCCACACACACACGCACAUGCACACGCACUACCGGCCGGCGGCCUGCAGCGCGAGGCGGGCCCUACUCACGGACUCGCUGCCGAAGCUGACCCCCGCGUACGGCUCGGCGAGCGUCCCUCCGGGGGACUGCGCCCCCAAGGCAGAGGGGCCCGGCCAGCCGCCCGCUGAGCUGAUGGCCUUCAUCGAGCGCCAGGAGGAGUACAUAGAGCAGCUGGAGAAGGAGUCCCAGUACUGCCGGGAUGAGCUCUCCCAUCUUCUCGGCAAGGUGAAGGACGUCAUUUCAGAGAACGACGGCUUGCGCGCCAAGGAAAAGGCAGGCUUGCUGAAGUCUGUUUUCGACAGCUACGAAACAGGCGAUGACGACGAAGAAAAUGAAGUGGAUACUGAUGAGAAGGAGAAAAAGAAGCAACCAGAGCUGAAGAAGAAACCCUUGGAAGGGCCGAGCAUAGUGUUUGAGUCGCGCAUCAGUGAGCUGGAAGCCCAGCUCACUCAGACCAAGCUGGAUCUGAAGAAAGCUCAGGAGGAGGCCGACAUGUACAGGAAGAAACUCUCGGAACAGCCUUUCGCAUCCGAUACGUCUUUCCUGCCAGUGCCGAACUCUUUAAGACAACAACUGGACAAUCUGCAGAGAGAGAAAGAAGAAUUGUCUGAGACUGUGUCAAAGCUGCAGUCUACAUUGGCCCAGUACCGGGAGAAAGAGGCAGAAGCAGCCCAUAAGGCAAAAAAAAGCCUGGACAUCGUUGACCAAGCACAGUUUGAAAAAACACAGGCGGAGCUGGAGGCGCGCCGCCUCAAGGAGGAGCUGGACCGCCAGCACGACCGGCUGUGCGAGCUGCUGCAGGAGCAGGCGCGCAAGGUGCAGGAGGAGCGGGCGCAGGCGGAGCGCCGCUACGCGCACCAGGUGGAGCAGCUCAGCACGGAGCUGGCCGCGCAGUGGGACAACGCCUCGCGCCUGCAGCUCGAGCUGGAGAAGCAGAGGCGCACGGAGCAGGAGCUCAGGCGCGAGCUGCAGCAGAAGGCGGCCAUCGUCGACGAGCUCAAGAAGGAGCUGUCCGCCAAGACCUCCGGCCUGCAGAGCGAGGUGAUCCAGGCGGCGGCGGAGCGCGGCUCCGUGGAGCAGGAGCUGGCGGCCAGCCGGCUGGCGGCGGAGCGAGUGGAGCGAGACGCGCGCCAGGAGGCGUCGCGCCUGCAGGCGGAGGUGGCGGCGCUGCGCCAGCGCCUGGACCGCGCCGACGCCGACCUGCUGCACAGCCGGCGCGAGAACCUGCGCCUGGCCGAGCAGAUCGCCUCGCUGGAGCGGGAGCUAAACCUUGCCAGGAUGAUGCGCGAGAGUUCGGAGAAAACUGCGGAGUCUCCUGCGAAACAAAAGUCUGGCGCGCGAGACAAAGACUUGUCGUCGGUGAUCAUGGACAUGGACGCUAAACAUGUCCAAACUGUUGCCGAACUAGAGAGCAUGAUUCAGUCCCAGAACCAAGUCAUGGAAAAACUGAAAGACGAGUGUCAUUUGCUCACACAGAAGCUGGAAGAAGCGUCCUUGCGACACAAAGAAGAAAGAAUGGGCUUGAAACAAGAGAAUGCCGGGUUGACUCGCAGACUUGAACAGUUGUGGGAGAAUUGCAAGGACGUGUUGAAUAGCCAUGAACAGGAAACACCUACAGUGGGGAUCCAGGCAGCCAGCAUGAGCGAGCAGACAACCAGCCACAAUAUGAAACAGAGUACGCACAACUUGAACAUUACGAUGACCCCGACCACGGACCCCAGUACGAGACUGACCCAGCAGCACAAUACGAACACCCAGGUGAGCAGUCUCAUUACGAUCAGCAGCCCCCGUACGACGAAACGCAACCCCAGUACGACGAACAGCAACCCCCGUACGACGUACAGCAACCCCCGUACGCCGAUCAGCAGCCCCUGUACGACGAAACGCAACCCCAGUACGACGAUCAGCAACCCCAGUACGACGAAACGCAACCCCAGUACGAGAGUACCAGGCAGUACGCUGAGCCACUCCAGUACGAACCUCCAAGCCAACUGCAGCACACUUCCCGCACCGACUCCCCCCAGCGACCUUCGCCCAAGCGGCAGUUCGAACCGGUGGCCAAGCAGCAGGACUACCAGGCUGAAUACGCAUUCCACGGGCAGCAGCAGCCCAAAAGAGUCGAGUCGCCCGGACAGAGACGUCAGCCUCCCGAGUUUGGAUCGCCCGGUCGACGGACGGUCCAGUCCCCCGUCCAGCGAACCCUGCGUGCAGAGACCCCCGAGCAGCCCGGGCGAGAGCGACAGCCGCUCCAGUCCCCGGCGGAGCCCCCACGACAGAGACCGCAGCAGGGCCCAGCCGCGCCCGGCCUCCCCCCUCCGUAGACCCGCCCCGCACCCCGACAGCUCGGAGCCCCCUGUGCACGGUCACCCCUGCCUCCUGGCCUGGAGGCCGCAUGCGGUGGCCGUCACGCCACUCUCGCUCGAAGAUCUGGCUACUGACAGCGAGUCCCGCGACUCGCAGUCUGCACAGCUUUUUGUCUUCAGGUAGCAGCCGUAGCCUGCACGAUACGCUUGUUAGUCUGCAUUGCCGAGCGGAACUCCACGGUCGCCGCACUAUUGUGUUGUUUCUAGCCAUUUCAAUAAGGGUGACAAACUCUGCUAGUGCAAAUUUCCAAAUUUUUUAAUUCAAGAUAGUUUAUAGUUUGAUUUUAAAAUUAUGUUUUUAUGAUUUGAUAGGGCAGUGCUCCACAGAUAAUGCUUACUUCAAAUUGAAGGUCAAUUAUAAGUUACUGUUACAUUUAUAAAUGACCUUAAAAUUAUUUUAAAAAAAAAUAAUACUGUUAAAUCUUAAUUGCAGAUCUGAAGGGACCAUAAUAUUUGGCACUUAGUAAUAAUUUUAUCAAUACAGUAUUUACUAGUAUGUAAAACAGUUUUUAAGUUUAUAACUAUAAAAUCAUAAAAAUAUAAUUAUGCCAGCAUGAGUCGAUCCUCUUAAACCAAGAAAAUUUGUCUAAAACUGAUUUGUUAUUUGUUAGAAGGUUUUUUUGUGAAGUUGAGGUUGUUAAUUUUGGUCUCUUUAUAUCACUGCCUUGUGGAUUGUGAAGUGCAAUAUGUCGUAAGUAUUUAUUAGUUGGUUUUUAUAGCAAUGAAAUAUUUAAUUGCAGUUUCUUGUAUUUGUGGUAAGAGAUUAUAUAUAAAAAUGUAAAAAUAUUGUGAGGUUAAAUAUAACUAAGUACUCUGUAUUUCCAACUAAGGUAGAAGUUGUUAAUUCAUUAUAGCGAUCUGAAAAUUUGCAUAUUUUAUAUGUGCACAUGCAUGUGUGUGUGUGCUCUUGCACAUUUAUCUUAACAAAACAUCACAGACUUUAACUUCCUGUGUUUAUGUGCGUAUACACACGUACAUGAAAAUACACUCCACAACUAGUUUAAACUAUUGCAUAAUAAAUACUCUGUUCAAAAUAUGAAUUUUUAAUAAAUGCAUCACAAAAUUACAGCAAAAAAUUGCAGACAGAAAAAUGUACAAUUAUAAAAUAUACAUUGGGUACACAGCUUUUUUUCCAUUUAAUAGUUUUACAAAUAGUCAUAAAAUUAAGUAAAGAGAGCAUUACAAAAUGUAGUCGUACUAAGUAUGCAUCUUGACUGACAGCAGUGCAACACUUGGCAAUCUCAAAAGACUUUGUGUCAAACCAAAUUUGUGCUUUCAAGAAAGCAAGACUAUUUUUUUGUCACAACAUGUAAUAUAAACUAAAGUUAUUAGACAUACAGCAUGUUAAAUUUCACACAAUGAUUUUGGUUCUUUAUUAUAUAAAUGCAAUAUUCAUUCUCCUGCUACUCACAUUUUUCCAAAGAAGAACAAUUUUAGCAGAGUAAAAUAUUUUAGGUUUUAAAAGUGGUGAAAGUAAAAAAUUAAUGAUUGUGUAAAAAAAAAAGUUUUUUCCUAUGAUAAAGUCAGUUAUCUUUCAUUUUAUAAACAAUGUUGAAAUAAAAUUUUAGCUGUUGUGAUAUAUUUCAUUUCUUCUUGUAUUAAUUCAUUCUUUACUUGCACAAUUUACCUAGGUUACCUCUUAAACAUUGUCUUCAGGCAUGAGAGUUCAAAUCUAAUGUAAAUUUUAUAAUUCUGUUGAAGAGUUUACAAGUAUUGAUAACACAUUUUUGACUUCACUCACCCUGCUACACAAGCAUCUAACCUCAAAAUUAAUCUGUUAGGUCUGCAAUUGAUGAAUUACAAAUUGUUGUAUUUUGACCCACUGCAUCCAACACAUCUGUGUGACUUAAAAAAUGAAAAAUCUUAAUACCGUAUUUACUCGUGUAUAGCGCGCCCUCGUGUAUAGUGCGCACCACGAUUUUUGCAACAAAUUCCAAAGAAAAAAAAAUUUGAAAUUUUUUUUCCCCAUAAAUAAAUUUUACUAACAUUUUGUGGUACCUGAUUAUUUAAAUUGAUGUGUGGCGAUGCGUCAGGAAAAUACUUAAACUCUGCUGUGUAGACGGAAGAUAAUGAAGCGCUGUAUCGUCACAACUG